UAUGCCCUGACCCGACUGUCGAUUUACAGUUGCCCGAAUCUCUACAAAGGAUCAACAGAGAUACUAGAAUCAUGCUUGUCCACAGGACCUGGCUAUUUACCUUUGGGAUGGUGCUGUUGAAUGUCCAUCUUACUUGCGCAUACCAGAUAUUGCAUCCUUUCGGCAAGCCGGGGAUACAGCCCCUGGUGCUGAACAUCACAGCGGACCCAAACACCAAGAGGGCGUUCUACUACGCCAGGUUCAUCGGUCCUCCGGACACAAAGGCGAUGUUUGAUGGAACAUUCAGGAAAGUAUCAACUUCAAGAAUAUUCUCUGAGUUCGAAGCUGUGGCCAUAUUUUCUUUAAGAACAACGACGAAUCGCAGGAUUGUUUUGACGUCUCCUUUCACGACCGAUCUCCUAUGGUUAGAAUAUGACGUAAAUCAAAGUAUAUAUCAAACCGAGUUCGACAGAAUCCCGUGCGAGUUCGAGGUCAAGAAAUCCCAGGAUUACGGAGCAGGCAUUGUCCAGUACUCGGUCAGAGCGGAAAACUGCGAUGUUGAUAAUCGGUACGACAGCAACAAGUCAAUCACGACUCUUUUAACGCAGAUUAAAAAAUCCGGGGAAAAGGUGAUGUACAGUUUAAAUAACUCCUUUUUUACUCCAACUCCUCCAGAUUACAUUUUUGACUACUGUAAUAUGACGGGCGGCAGCACGGGAUCCGGGUUUCACGGCACCAUGACUAUGAACAUAAAGAAAAUGGCGACCGAUGAUGUUGAGGUCAGGCCCCCGAUGUUCUUUAAUCUCAAUGUCAGGGAUAAGCCGCUUCAAGCGCUGGCGUGGGGGUUCAUGUAUAUAACCAUAUGAUGAACGAAAUAACAUGGAAAGAAAGCAUUCUUAAAAACGCAGAAAGUAUUAUGCACGUACUUUUGUUAAGAAAUGUACACAGUUAAGAUGGUUAAUUAUCUAUUCCAAGUACUUUUUUGAGUGGAAUAAACAAGAUUUGUUACAUGCAUCUAAUUUGGAUUUUUUAUUUUUGGUUUAAGUAGACAGAUAUAUUACGGCUUAUUUCAUAAUUUUAUGCUAUAAUAGCAUUACCAAAUGUAUUCAGAGUAUUCCCAAGAAAUGUUUAGUGGAUCUGAGAAUAUUUUCAUAUUUCAAAACUUAAAAAACAGGGAAGACAACAGACUUAAUAACGAUCACUCUAUAUCUCUAUAAUCUUCAAUUCAUAAAAAUAACAUUAUGAAAAGUAAAAGAAAUUGAAAUCUUACGUCAAUUCAUUUAAUUUUGCAUAAAAAUGUAAUAUACAUUUAUACAUAAUUCAGAUCAACAAACUACACAUUGUAAAAUAGCACUUCAUGCACUGGAUUUAACGAUGCCAACUGCCAUCAAAGUUAACCAGAUGGCAAACGCUGGCAAUUAAGGUACAAAACCCCACCAACAAAGGGGGCUAACUCUUGCAAUUUCAAUACAACAUUUGUUACAAACAGUUGAAAUAUAUAAGUACAUGUACCUUUAGAGGUUACAGAUUAAUUUUUACUGUCUUUUAAACAUUGUUACAACUAUGUACCAUAAUUAAAUUAAAUCUCUGUAUCACUUGUUUCAUACACAACAACUUACAACACUGCAAGAAUGCAAUGAAACAAUUUUCUUAAUGUCUAAACAAAAUAAUAUUCUUAACACAACAUAUAUGAGUAUUUUCAAAGUACAUCUUCAUAACUUUUACUGUAUGGAAUGUAGGCAUGUUUGUUGCAAUACAGUAUCAUGCAGAAGUAACAAGACAUAAUAUUAAUUCUGUUCAGGAAAUUUAAGGUCAUAAUUACUGUUGUAUACAGCAAAACUCGGUUAUAAGGAAGUCACUGGGACCUAAGAAAUUACUUCGUUAUAUCCGUAAUUCGUUAUAACUGUAUUAGAAAUUCAUUAAAUUUACAUAGCUGGGGAUCCAAGAUGACUUCGCUAUAUCCAUAAAUUCGCAAUAUCCGUGUUCAUACUAAACGAGUUUUACUGUACACUCAAUGUAUGCAUAGGGACAUUAUUUCUUUAUCUGUUGCAAAGCCAAUAGUGACAAAAUAUAAUUCUGAUUUCUUUGCUUUGGUAUGAGUACAGUAUAUAUUCAGUAUAGCUAUAAAGCAGUUUUACCUACAAAUGAUGUUUUUCAUUAUAAACAGGAAUAGAGGCCCACACCUUUAAUAUAGAGCUUAAGACAACAAAUAAAACUUAAGAUUCGAUAAACUAUGUGUAUUUGUACAGAAAAAAGAUGAAAGACCAGUCAAUUGUGAAACGUUUACAUUACCUACAUUUGAAAUUCAUUGCUGACGGAUAGAUGAUGUUAUAUUAAUCACAAGACUAAUUUUUUGUUCAUAUACUGCGUAAUAUCUAAGUGCAUGUACUGGUUAUUGGCAAGCAUUAGAUAGGACUGGUGCAUUUGUUUGCGAAUCUUUUAACACUUUGUUGACACAAACACUAAUAAUUGCAAUCUGUACACAUAAAGCUAAAAUAUAUGGGUGAAAUAGCUCCCUGUUAUAAAAUACUACAACCUUUCAAAAAUUACACAAAUGAAAACAGAGUGACACUUUUAAAAAUUAAAACGUUCACAUUGGUUUAAUCUCCAAUACUGAGAAGACAAAAAUGGAUCCGGAUCAUCUUAAAAAAAGAACUACCAACCAAAAUUCUGAAAUCAUUUUGGUUCUGAUAAAUGGCUCAUUUCAUUGUGACAUUUUAUUCACUAAAAUAUACCUAAGCCUGUUUUCUGCAAUGAUACAAAUAGUAACCAUUGACGAAAAUAUGUCUCUGUAAACCAUUGGUUUUGACUACCCUCAACAUGGAAUCCCCCCCCCCCCCC